UAGACCUGGAUUUCAACAAUAAUGAUAAACUAGACUAUUUAAUAAUGUAUGAAGACUCAAUAUCUUUUCUAAUAGAGUCUCUAAGUCAAUAAAUUUAUAUAUCUAAAUUAUAGAUCAAGAUCUAUAUAUAUAUUUUAUAUAGAUCUAUGGAUUAACUCAAGUAAACAGAUCUAAAUGGGAUCAUUUAGAGGCUAUCAUAAAUAAUCACCAUUCGUAGAAGUCCACAUUGCCCAUUGCAACAUGUCAGGAGAAAAUAAAGUAACGCUGACCAACGCUCUUGAGAACGUGGACCUCCUGGAUGACCUUCCACUACCCGACCAGCAGCCCUGUAUAGAAGCACUCUCCCUCUCUGUUCACUAUAGGGCCAAUUUUGAUACCAACUUUGAAGAUAAAAAUGCUUUUGUCAAAAGUGUUGCCAAAUAUAAAGAACAAGCUACAGUUCAGGCAGAUUUGAAUCUGUUACUAGAAGAAGGUGAGGAGUAUGCUGUCAUGCUGUAUACUUGGAGAUGCUGUUCAAGAGCUAUACCUCAGGUGAAGAGCAAUGAGCAAGAGAAUAGAACAGAGAUUUACCAAAAGACAGUCGAAGUUCUGGAGCCACACGUGAACAAACUAAUGCAAUUCAUGUUCUUUCAGGGGCGAGCCAUACACCAUUUUUGCAAUGAAGUCAGGCGCUUGUGCCUCAAAGGGGCCAAGAAUGACUUUGUCUCAGAGUCUUAUCUGCUAACUUUAGGCAAACUUCUGAACAUGUUUGCCGUAUUGAACGAGCUAACCAACAUGAAAGCCAGUAUAAACAAUGAUUACUCUGUGUACAAACGUGCUGCCCAGUUUUUGAAGGUGAUGGCAGACCAGCAAGCAAUGCAAGACUCACAGAAUCUCUCUAUGAAUUUGGCCACUCAGAACAAAAUUAGAGACACUUUAAAGUCUAGGCUGGCUGAGAUUCAGGGUUAUGAUGAGCUUCUGGCAGACGUUGUGAAUAUUUGCCUUGUCAUGUAUGAGAAAGACAUGUAUCUGGAACCCACAGAAAAGCAUAUGCUAGUCAAGGUUAUGGCGUUUGGUCUUUUCCUCAUGGAUUUGGAGAAAGGGCCAAAUAUUUACAGGAUGAAUGACAGGAAGAGAAUAAACUUGGCCAGGAUUGAUAGAAUUCUAAAGCAAUUAGAAAUGGUUCCUCUGUAUGGUGAUAUGAUGAUAGCACCCUACAACUACAUCAAAAAUGGGCCAAACUUUGACCCCUCAAAGUGGCCAGCAUGUGAGUCCAGCCAGCUGAGUCCACAGUCCAAUCUCCUAGGCAGCCUUGAGAUGAUCAGAGAAAGACAUAUGCAAUACAUUAGUCAGUUGGCAAGACAUAAUAAUGAGGCCACCACAACAAUGAGAGAAUCUCCUCGCAGUGACAGUGAAAAUAAAGAAUUGACAGAGUUAGCUUUGCGUGGAUUGACUCUUUUGUCUAAAUGGACACAACAAGUCAUGGAAUUGUAUUCUUGGAAACUUAUGAAUCCUACAGAUCCCCACACCAGUAAAGACUGUCCAGAAACAGCUGAAGAGUAUGAAAGGGCCACCCGCUACAACUACAGCAGGGAUGAAAAAUUUGCUCUCAUUGAAGUCAUUGCCAUGAUCAAAGGCCUUCAACUUCUCAUGGCUCGAAUGGAAACCAUUUUUAUGGAUGCCAUCAGGCGGCACAUUUAUGCCGAGCUGCAGGAUUUUGUACAGCUGUUCUUGAGGGAGCCACUGCGCAGAGCCUCGAAGAAGAAGAGUGAUAUCAUUAGAAUAAUCAUCAUGUCUGUCAGAGACACUUGUGUAGACUGGCUGAGAGGAACAGAACCUGCGGACGACCCAGCACUUCUAGGGAAGAAAGACCCUCCUGAUGGUUUUCCAAUCAAAGUUCCACGCAGAAAUGUUGGGCCAUCUUCUACUCAGUUGUACAUGGUAAGAACAAUGCUGGAGUCACUGACAGACGAGAGGAGUGGUGGGAAAAAAAGCAUGCGCAAGGAAAUGGAUGAACAACACAUACAGGCAAUAGAAGACUUUCACAGGAAAUCAUUUUUUUGGAAUUAUUUGCUCAAUUUUAAUGCUUCACUUUUUAACUGUUGUGACCUGUCACAGUUGUGGUACAGGGAGUUUUUCUUGGAACUCACCAUGGGCAAACGUAUUCAGUUUCCUAUCGAGAUGUCCAUGCCAUGGAUAUUAACAGAUCAUAUCCUUGAAACAAAAGAACCUUCCAUGAUGGAAUAUAUUUUAUAUCCACUUGAUCUUUACAACGACAGCGCUCAAUAUGCCCUCAUGAGGUUCAGGAAACAGUUUCUUUAUGAUGAGGUGGAGGCAGAGGUGAACCUCUGCUUUGAUCAAUUUGUUUAUAAAUUGAGUGAUCAGAUCUUUGCUUACUACAAACAUUUAUCUGGAUGUAUUAUAUUGGAUAAAAGAUUCAGAGCUGAAUGUAUGAACAAUGGAGAAAAAAUCAGUUUCCCUGUUGCCAACAGAUAUCAGACCUUGCUGAAGCAAAGACACGUACAGUUGCUGGGACGCUCUAUAGAUCUGAAUAAACUAAUUAGUCAGUUAGUGAAUGCUGCUUUACAGAAAGCCCUGGAUGUUGCAAUAUCUCGUUUUGAAGGCGGGGAUAUUACUGGUAUAAUAGAACUUGAAGGUCUGAUAGAAGUCAACAGACUGGCUCAUAAACUAAUGGGGGAAUAUCUUCUGCUAAAUGACUUUGAUGCCAUGCUGAAAGAAGCCAAUCAUAAUGUUAGUGCACCUUAUGGGAGAAUAACUCUGCAUGUUUUCUGGGAACUAAAUAUAGAUCUGCUGCCUAAUUACUGCUACAAUGCUGCUACUAACAGAUUUGUCAAGACAAGACUUCCAUUUGAAAAAGAAACCAAACGGGAAAAGCCACCAAAUCCUUCAGUGCAUUAUGUAUGGGGGACCAAGAGACUGAAUCACUCAUUCAGCACUAUAUAUAGUCUUUACACUGGUUUCAUUGGAGCCCCUCACUUCCGAGCCAUAUGUAGAUUGCUGGGAUAUCAGGGCAUCGCUGUAGUCAUAGAGGAGCUUUUGAAAACUGUUGAAAACUUUUUAACGGGCACAACACUGGAUUAUGUGACCACAUUGAUGAAAGUCAUGCCAGUUAAUUGUAAACUGCUGCGCUUUGAUUACGGCUCUCCUGGUGUGAUGGGAUACUACCAGGCUGAGUUAUGUGACUUGAUUCAGUAUCCUGAUCUUAGAACUGAAGUAUUUCAGAGUUUCAGAGAAAUUGGUAAUGCUGUCCUCUUUUGUUUGUUGGUGGAGCAAGCACUGACACAAGAAGAAGUCUAUGACUUAAAGCAAGCAGCACCAUUUCAAAACAUGAUCCCUAAGCCUUACAUUCCUCCUAGAGAGGGAAAGGAUAGAGAGGCCGAGGCCAAAGCAGUCAUGAAACAGCUGGAAAAGAAAUAUGCUGCUCUCAAAGUUGUUCAUGUGAUAGAGAAACUGGGCAACAAAAGUCAAGCUCACAUAGCCAGUGAAGGCGAUCUGCUGACUAGAGAAAGGCUCUGCUGUGGCCUGUCUAUAUUUGAGGUGGUCUUGAAACGCAUAGAAACCUAUCUGGUCAGCCCUAUGUGGCACGGAGAGCCGCCAGCCAAUGGUGUCAUGAAUGUGGAUAAGUGCAAUGAGUUCCACCGCUUGUGGUCAGCCAUACAAUUUGUGUACUGCAUUCCCAUUGGAGAGAAUGAAUUCACUAUAGAGGAACUGUUUGGAGAAGGUUUGAACUGGGCCGGAUGUGUCCUUAUAACUUUAUUAGGUCAGCAGAGACGGUUUGAAGCACUGGACUUCUGUUAUCAUCUGCUCAAAGUCAACCGUGUGGACAUGAAGGAUGAAAAUGUCAAGGGAAUUCAACUGAAGAAAAUGGUGGACAGGAUCAGGAAGUUUCAAAUUCUAAACAACCAGAUUUUCUCUGUCUUAAACAAGUAUCUUCGAACCGGUGACAACGACAGCAUGCCCACAGAACAUGUUCGCUGUUUUCCUCCACCCAUCCACCAAUCUCUUGCCACUGCCAUUUGAUGAGCUGCUUCCGUUUCACCCCGGACUAGAGUCAACUGUCUACCUAGACAUUGUUUUAACUCAAUAAUAUGUUUCUGUCAGAAAACAAGAAUGAAUGUAAAAGAGUGUACAAAUGUUUUGUAUGUACAAUUUUAAAAGCAUGCUUGUACAUAUAUUUUUCCAUUUUUUUUUUUUUACAAUUUUUAGGGUCAGUUUAAAUUUUUUGGGUGCAAGUGUAAUUAAUGGUCAGUGUGGUCCAGGGUUGAUUAAGUUUACCAAUUAGGUCAUUAUGACAGAAUGGCCUUCCUAUUGUUAAAUACAUACCACUAUUGAAUGUUAUGAGCAGACAUGCCAGUUGUGUAGAUAUUUACACAAGUUGAUGAUACAAAGAAAUAGCUAGCUGGGUUUGAGGCAAUAUUUCUAACGUUUCCUAAUUAGCUGUGCACUCUUUGAAACUAUUUUUAUCAUCAAUAUUGUAAGUCAUACACUUGUGUCCAAGUGAGCUUCUUUGAGAUGUUCUAAGAUUAAUUUAUGCAGAUUGGUGGUGUUUGAGAUUUAAUCUCAAAUAAUUUCUUUUCAACUUGUUUUUGUUCCCUUUUGUAUGUUAUGUAUGAAUUGCUCCAAACUGAAAUGGUUUUGUGGAGGAGAGCAUUUGCCUGUUGCUUGUUCACUUUAUUGUUAAUUGAUUUGAAGUUAGUGGUUUACCAUUUAUUUACAACCCAUCAUUGCAUCUAUUAUAAUGUAAACAACGUUACUCCCAAGCUAACAUGUUGUUGUUGUUGUUUUUCAACUACAGUAGUUCGUCAGCUCAACAGAAUCAAAUGAUGUGUUGUGUAACAUUUGUAAGAAAGAAUUUUCUAAUUUCCUAUCAAAUACGAAUCACGAUGCCAGUCCAGUCAUAUUUUAAGUUUAUUUUGUGUGUUUGUAAUGAUGAACGUUUUACAGUAGAGUAGCAGGACAAGCUACAAGUCCUCAGAGGACUUUAAAAAGUCCUGAUGUAGAAUCCUGAUGAUUUUUAGUUUGGAUUUCAGUUUCUGAAUGUAAAUGUAAUAUUUAGAUGUGUCAGCAAUAGAAGUUAAGUAACACUACUUCCUGUGUGUGCCACGAUUGGGUUUUAAAAGCUAUAAUACUUUCAUGCUUAAAUGUCACAGCUUACAUUUUUUUCCCCCCCAUUGAAAACCUGUGCUCUUUAGUACAUUCAUAAGUUGAUUCAACAAAACUUUGGUAGAGCUUAGGCGAUUCAAUAUUUAUUCUGACAUGUGUACUAAAGAGUAGCUAGGGAGAGUUAGUUAACAGUAAUAAAUAAAUAUAAAAUAGGAACUGGAUUUAAUUUUUUGUAACAUAUCUCAAGUAGACCAUCUUACAUCUUUGAACUUCUAAAUUUUUACAAGUUAUUUUUAUUCAUGCAUCCUUGAUUCAUUCCAAUUGUUCUCACUAAGAACUAACAUAAUUUUUGUUUCAUGAACUUUAGCCUUAUUAUUUAGUUUUAAAUAUUUUUUUUUUCCCACCAAUAGAAAGAUCAUUAACAUUGUAGAGAGAGAAAAGAAUUGAGUUUCCAUUAAUUUAUUAGUAAACUUUUGUCUGAACAGAUUAAAUUUACUACACAAUAAAAUGACAUCAUUGUUUUUAGCAAUACAACUUAUCCCAGUCACUGACACAAACUCGCUGAAGUACUUAGUUAUUUUAAACAGGAAAUAUUUGUACGAGCUGAAUUUCAAAUGUGGUGUACAUAGAUUUGUUCUUCUUCCUUGAAUUUUGAUGCAUUUUUAUACAAGAUAUUUAAGCUGGAGCUUAUUGUGAAUUUUUUUUUUACAUUGACAGAUAAUAAUUGUGUAAAUAAUUGAAGAGAUUAUAAUGACUGUUGGUUGCACUUGAGAGAGAGAGAAAGGGUUAAAGGCUUAAACUACAUAGUGUCUGUUUUCUUUUUUUUACAAUGUCCCUGUGGAAAUGUUUUUAAAAUACACAUUCUAUUAAAUCACUGUAAAGGUUGUUUUGUAAACUUGUGUGUUAGUGCUAAUCAUUUAUGUACCUGCACAGUUGUCUUCUGACUUUUUUAUAGAAUUAAUUGGGACUAAAAAUAUAUCUGUACCCUACAUUAAAGCCAGCUGCCUAAUUUAAACAGUAGUGAAAUCUUUUUUUUUUUUUUUAUUCAUUUUGUACAAAAAAAUCUUGAAAGAGUUGUUGAUAUAGUUGACUCUUCAUAGAUCAAAUCUUCAAAAUCUGACACAGCACUGAUGUAAAUGUAUGUCUUUAAAGUCUACUGCAGACUGUUGGCUUCAAUUGUAAUUUAGUCCAGUAUGUGAAAGCUGAAAUGUUUUAGUUUUUUAUUUAGAUCAAUACAUUUGUUUUUUUCUUCUGUUUAUGCCUUUGAAAAUCCAAAAGAAUAUCUUAACAAAAAAAAAUAUUGUUAAGCAAAAAAGGCUGACAGAUUUUAGGAGUCGGUUACAGAGAUCGGGUCUGAAACAAAGAAAUCCUAUGUCGAACUGAGAUUUGGCUGUAACCAAGCAUCACAUCAAGUUAGCUGAACAUGUCCUCUGACAGAAUGAUUUAUACAUACCAGUAUCUUUAAUAAUCCACUCUCCCUACCCCUGUAUCUGUCAGCCUAUCAAUAAUAGUCAACUGUACUUCGAAAUGACUGGAUGAUUUGAAAGUAUACUGAUUGAUUCAUUUUGCUCUGCACAAAUGCUAGCUGUAUAAAGAACAUAAAAGAUAUUAGUCAUUCACAAUAUUUUAUCUCUGCAUGGCCAAAACUUUAUUCUUUUUGUAAAAUAAAUAAAAGACAUUAUUUAAUUCAGUAGUUUUUCUUAAAUAUUUGUAUUUUAAAGGACAGAUUUUAACUUGUAUGUGUUAAUUUAGUAAGCCAGAAGAGGAAAAACUUGAUGUUAAAAUCUGUGUUUAAUAUUAAAUAUUUGUUUUGAUGAAAAAAAAAUUAUAGCUGAACAAAGAAAGCAAAGUAUUCCCGAUAAAAUGAACUGAUUAAAGCCAGUCAUUAGAAUGUUCUAUAAGUAUGUUUUUUUUUUAGAAUUAUAUAUAAUUAUACAUUUGUUAUAUUGAGACCUUUGUACAUGUCAAUAUAUUGUGACUGUAAUGAUAAUUACUCUAUGGGUUAAGUCUACAAAUUAUCCACUAAGAUAAACAUAUAUUUAUUCAAAAUAUUCUGUAUGUGAGUGUCUAUUAAAGCCACUGAUUUCCUGUAAUGGCAUACAACCCACAACUUUAGGUAUGAACACUACAUAUGCAUGAAUUAGAAGUUGUUUUUUUUUUUCCAUUUGUUUGAAUAUUUUUAUUAUUUAUUGAAGCAAAUAAUUUUUAACUUCAAUAAACUGUACAGUUACAAA